AUGCCGCUGAACGGCUCCUCAGGCGCCGGAGGAGUCAACCGCACCUCGUCCUCGCCGUCUCCCGGCUCAGGCGACGGCGAGCCCGUGUCCCUCUUCCGCCUGCUGGUGCUGAGCCUGCUGGCACUGCUGACCCUGGCCACGCUCGUGUGGAACCUGCUGGUGCUGGCCACCAUCGUGCGCGUGAGGGCUUUCCACCGCGCGCCGCACAACCUGGUGGCGUCCACGGCGGCGGCCGACGCGCUGGUGGCGGCGCUGGUGAUGCCUCUCAGCCUGGCCAAGGAGCUGUCGGGCGGGCGGCGCUGGCGCCUGGGCCGGGCGCUGUGCCACGCGUGGGUCUGCUGCGACGUACUCUGCUGCACGGCCAGCAUCUGGAGCGUGGCCGCCAUCGCCCUCGACCGCUACUGGUCCGUCUCGAGGCACCUGCGCUACACCCCCCGCGCGCGCCGCCGAGCCUCGGGCGCCCUCAUCGGCGUGGCGUGGGCGCUGGGCGCGCUCAUCGCGCUGCUGCCGCUGCUGCUCGGCUGGGGAGGCAGCUCGUACAGCGCCGAGCAGCAGCGCUGCCAGGUCAGCCCCGAGCCCGCCUACGCCGUCUUCUCCACGGGAGGCGCUUUCUACCUGCCCCUGGGCGUCGUGCUCUUCGUCUACUGGAAGAUCUACAAGGCGGCCAAGUUCCGCGUCGGAGGCAGGAACGCCGUCGGGCCCCUCCCAGAAACGGGCCAGGUGAAAGAAGCUUCUCAUCAGCCGCAGAUGGUGUUUACAGCUCGUCAUGCGACUGUCACUUUCCAGACAGAUGCUGGAGAAACAUGGAGAGAACAGAAAGAGAAGAAAGCGGCUCUGAUGGUUGGCAUUUUAAUUGGUGUGUUUGUACUUUGCUGGAUUCCCUUCUUUGUCACAGAACUAAUAAGCCCCCUCUGCUCCUGCACCAUAGCACCAGUCUGGAAAAGCAUCUUCCUCUGGCUUGGUUACUCCAACUCCUUCUUCAAUCCUCUGAUUUAUACAGCUUUUAACAAAAACUACAACAAUGCAUUCAAAAACCUUUUUGUGAGGCAGAGGUAAAAAGAGCAGUGGUGUGGGGUGGGGCAGGGCUGCCAGAC